CAAAUCUGCCUAUUAAAAAUAGUGUUACGUUUGCCUUUAAAAAUACCACGUACUCGACUAACAAACUUAGUCUAAAUAUUACAAAAAGUCAUUCUCUGUCCAAAAGGAUCAUCAAACAAAGAUACUCCGAAACAAUGGAGAAGCCAAAGUUAAAGACUGUCCAAGAGUUGGUUGAAACAGGCGAAGGACUACCGGAAAGAUACAUCUUCCCAACCACCGGCGACGACGAAGGUCAACAACCUCUAAACGUUUUGGUGCCGGAGAUGGAGAUUUCAUCCAUUGAUCUUAGCCUUCUCUUCUCUUCUUCUGAUGAAGGUCAACAAGAGCUGAGUAAACUUCACUCCGUGCUCUCUACAUGGGGCGUUGCUCAGGUGACGAAUCAUGGGAUUACAGAAGCCUUCCUCGACAAGGUUUACUCGCUAACAAAACAGUUUUUCGCGUUUUCGAGCGAAGAGAAACAGAAGUAUGCAAGAGAGAUUGGUGGUUACCAAGGUUAUGGAAACGACACCAUAUUUUCUGAUGAUCAACCUCUCGACUGGAUCGAUCGCUUGCACCUCACUACGUACCCUGAAGAUCAAAGACAGCUCAAAUUCUGGCCAGAAACUCCAAUCGAAUUUAGGGAAACUUUACAUGAAUACACAAUGAAGUUAAAGAUACUGAGAGAGCAACUCUUCAAGGGAAUGGCUAGAUCUUUGGAGUUGGAAGAAGAAUGCUUUCUAGAGAUGUGUGGAGAAGAUUCUAUAAUGGAGACAAGAUUCAACAUGUAUCCUCCAUGUCCGAGGCCAGACAAGGUUAUUGGGUCUAGACCACACACCGAUGGCUCGGCCGUUACUCUUCUCUUACCGGACAAAAAUGUAGAAGGGCUUCAGUUCCUCAAAGAUGGGAACUGGUAUAAAGCUCCAAUCAUCCCUGAUGCAAUUCUCAUCACUGUAGGAGAUGUGCUCCAGAUAAUGAGCAAUGGAGUAUACAAGAGCCCGGUUCAUAGAGUGGUGACUAACACAGAAAAAGAAAGGAUAUCUGUGGCAACGUUUUGCUUUCCGCAUGCAGAGAAAGUGAUUCAUCCUGUAGAAGGGCUUGUGUCUGAGGCAAGACCAAGGUUGUACAAAACAUUUAAGAACUAUCCGGAGAUCUACUUCAAGUACUAUCACCAGGGUGGAAGACCCAUCGAAGGAGUAUUGAUCUGAACAAUAUUUCUUGCGCCGACCAGACAAACCGUGACGAGACUGUCUGACCGAACCAAGAAACCGAACCAGAGAUAGAUUUCUAUUUUAUUUACUUGCAAUAAUAAUGGAGAAUGUUUUUCUUUGCUUUAAAUGCACUAUCUCCACUUUUUCCAUUUUUCCCUUAAUCUAUGAUUUCAACCUUUUUAAAAAUGAUAUAAACCUAUGAUUUGAACUUCUUGUAUUGUUUUCCUAUUUAAGAAAUAUCAAAUCCAGCAAAAUGUCGAUUGGGAACUUUUCCUUGU